AGACGACAACAAAAUACAUAGCUUGAGUAAUAAACUCUGCCUAACAAUCGGGUCGCUUAUCCACCGAGUUGAUUUUGGUAAGAAUGGAGAGAAACGUAUUUGAAACUGCGACGCUAACAGACUCACAACCUGAAACAAAUGAAAAUUUUGAACAAUUGAUUUUAAAGGCCGACGACUUGGCCAGCGAUGGCGACUUAGGAUCAGCUUAUUUAGUAUACCUUCGAGCUUCCAAACAUAAAGAAUUCAAACCUUCAAAUUUAUCCAAGCUUAUCGACUGUCUAGUUGAAAACCUCAAGAUGGCUCAACAAAUUUCAAAUGAUCUAUUUUCUACGUUAACUUGUGAGAUCUGUUAUGGACUCCUAAUAGAUCCUGUUACAGUAGAUUGUGGUCAUACUUUCUGCAAUAGUUGUUUAUCAGGAAUAGUUAACUGUAACAUUUGUCAAAAUGUUGUUACUCCAGACUUUAAUAGAAAUUUAAAUGUUCUCUUAAACAAGUUAAUAAGAGGAUGGAUACCAGAAUAUAAAGAUAUAUUGGAUAGAAGGAAAAGAGUUGAAGCCCUUCUAGUUAAUAAGAUGUAUAAUGAAUGUCUGGAGAUUAUAGAAGAGUCGCUUAAAUUAGGACUUGAAAAGCAUAUUUAUUUGUCAAUGAGAAGUCGAUUACACAUGGAAAAUGGACGAGGAGAUUCGGCGUUGAAAGAUGCCGAAAGAGUUAUUAAUCUUAAGCCAAAUUGGAUUAAGGCUCACUACCAUCUUGGUGAGAUUCUUAUACAAUUAGGCUACACUGAAGAAGCAAUAAGAUCAUAUAUGACUGGUCUAUCUUUAAAUCCUGAUAACCCUGAUUUAAGAGAAACUAUCUCUCAACGAAUGUUCCAGUUUAUCAAAACUUCUACGCCGGAAGAAGCAUUAAGGGCGAAUGUUGCAAAGUCGUCCAUGAUUCGACAGAGAACUCAUAUUCAUGAUCCAGAGGAUUCAAUCGACAACAUAAAAAGGAAGUUAGACGACGCUCAACUUCCGAUGGAAGAAAUUAACUGUUCUUUGUGUUGGAGGAUGUUGUUUGAGCCGUCUACCACUGUUUGCGGUCAUACGUUUUGUAAAGAAUGUCUCAAAAGAUCUCUGGAUCACUCUCCCAAUUGUCCUCUAUGCAAAAGUUCACUGGUUCAAAUGCUUAAGCAUAGGCUAUUCUCUACCGAUAAAAUUUUCGAAUUGAUUGUAAAGCAUUUCUAUCCUCAACAAUAUUCCGAACACUACUCCGAGUUAUUAACCGAAAGUCUGUGCGUUUCAGGAAUCAGCGACCGAGAGAUGAAAGUCCCCAUAUUUGUAUGCGUUGUUACUUUUCCAGGUGUACGUUGUCCACUUCACAUUUUUGAGCCUCGAUACCGUCUUAUGGUUCGAAGGUGUAUAGAAAAUGGUUCUAGAACUUUCGGUAUGGUUAGACCAAUGUCUGAUAACUCGUAUGCGAAUAUAGGAACUCUAAUGUACAUUGAAGAUGUUACGUAUUUACCAGAUGGAAGGAGUCUAAUUAUAACUCAAGGAUCCAAAAGAUUUACAGUAUUGGAUAGAUCAUACGUUGACGGUUACAAUGUUGCUAACGUUAGAAUUCUAGAGGAUGAGCCGAUACCCGAGGCUGAACGUCAAGACACAAUGAAUUUGCACGAUCAAGUAUUAGAGCAGAGCAGAGAAUGGUUAGCAACUUUGAGUGAAAGUCGACGCUCCAAAAUAUCACAGCAAAAUGGCGAUAUUCCAAGUCCAGGUCUGACAGAGGAUGAGAUUAAAGAAAAAGAUGGCCCAAUAUGGCUAUGGUGGCUAAUAUCUAGCUUACCUUUAGAAGAGCAAUAUAAGAUUAAUUUGCUAGAAAAGAACAAUUUAACACAAAGACUACGAUUUAUACAAAGUGUUUUGAAAUAUCUAAGUGAAAUGCAGCAGCAAAGGUGACUAGUCAUUGUUACCUUUUCUAUAUUGGUAACCAUUUUUGCUUUAUUCCAGCAUCUCAUAACAGAUUAGGAAAUAUAUAUAUAUAUAUAUAUAUAUAUAU